AUGCGUUUAAUAAAAAAAAAUAUUGAUCGUGGUUCAAGUGGUGAACUUAAACUUGAACCUGAAGAACAAGAAGAUAUGUGGCAUGCUUAUAAUUUAAUUGCUGUUGGUGAUAGUCUUCGUGCAUCAACUGUACGAAAAGUUGUUCAAACAACUGAUACUGGUUCAUCAACAACAACAAAAAAACGAAUGACAUUAACAAUUGAAGUCGUUUCUGUUAGUUAUGAUAGUGCUGCAUGUGCCCUACGAGUCAAAGGACGUACUAUUGAAGAAAAUGAAUUUGUUAAAAAAGGUUCUUAUCAUACAUUAGAUUUAGAAUUACAUAAUGCUUUUACAUUACAAAAACAUGAAUGGGAUUCUAUAGCAUUAGAUCGUGUUGAAAUGGCUUGUAAUCCAGCUCAUCAAGCUGAUGUAGCUGCUGUUGUUAUGCAUGAAGGUUUAGCUAAUUUAUGUUUAAUAACAGAACAUUUAACAAUACAUCGACAAAAAAUUGAACAUACAAUACCACGUAAACGAAAAGGUCUUUGUGGUCAACAUGAUAAAGGAAUGGAAAAAUUUUUUGAUUCUAUUAUAGCUGCUAUUAUAAAACAUAUUAAUUUUCAAAUUGUUAAAGCUGUUAUUAUAGCUAGUCCAGGAUUUAUAAAAGAUCAAUUUUAUCAAUAUAUGUUAAAUAAAGCAACACGUGAAGAUGAAAGACAUUUACUUGAAAAUCGAAAUAAAUUUAUUUUAUUACAUUCAAGUAAUGGUUUUAAACAUGCAUUAACAGAAAUAUUACAAGAUCCAUUAGUAUUAAAUCGUUUAUCGGAUACAAAAGCUGCCGAAGAAAUGAAAUUACUUGAUCAAUUUAUGCAUCUAUUAAAUGAUGAACCAGAAAAAGCAUAUUAUGGUUUAGAAGUUGUUGAAAAAGCAAAUCAAUCACAAGCAAUUGAAUAUCUUUUGAUAACUGAUGAACUUUUUCGAAAUAUUGAUUUUAAUAAACGACGACGUUAUGUUCAACUUGUUGAUUCAGUUAAAGAUAGUGGUGGUGUUGUUCGAUUAUUUUCUAGGUAA